CACUACUCACUAGUCUACACAAUGCCGUAGAGUCUCGCAUUGCCAAGGCCAGUCGUCGCUCGCCGGCGCCACCCGCCCAUCUGCCAGCGAGAGGGCCCGGAAAUCUUCUCCGGCGACAGUUGUACUGCAAAUUUCUCUCUCGGUGUUAUUCUCGUCGCGUCAUAAUUUCUGGGGCAAAGAUUGAGUGAAGCCUAUCGGAGCCUACGUGCGAUGAAACGAAAAGCGGAGCAGAGGACAUGUGCCAUUUCAUUAGUUCCCCCCGCAGCAUGCAUGAACGGGGAAAUGCCGCUCAACGAAGUGCACAAAUUCCACGCCACCGCUUGGGUCGAGCUCAGAACCGCUUCUGCAGUGCUACCAUUCACAUACUCUCGAAUAAAUCGCCCUUUUUGCCUGACCCCGUUGCCGCUUCUAUUCAGCAUCGAGUUCUUCUGUUGCCUCUGAUUUUCACCUCGUUUCAGCCCAUCAAGACAAACUUGUACACACUCCCUGCGGCGCAGAACCUCGAUUCAUAGUCCGCGUGAUUUUGGUCUUUAGAACUGCGAGUCUGGUUCGUGUUAUGUUCUCAAUGGGUGAGACGGAUUUACAGGCACGAUCUCCCAUGGACGAAAUGAGGAGCUCAAAUGGUUUGCCUCAAGGCCAAAACGCAGCCAGUGUUAGCAACAGGAGUUCACCAUCCACCGAGGAAAGUAACGCAGCCCACGUUCCAGACAGCGAACUCGACUGGUUCUUCCCCGAGGGCACCGAUAUGGACGAUUUCGACGAAUCCGGAGCGUCGGCGCGCGCCCUGCAAGGCAUGUCGGAUGACGAUGUGCGCACCAUCAUCGCAUCGGAGAACUUACGAGAGCGAGGACUCACCAAUACAAAGAGCAAGACGCGAAUCUCCGACAAGGAUAUGCGGCAGGCACGCCGUUUGCUGACGAACAAGCGAGAGCGCUGGAGACAACAGCUGGUCAACGAGGCAUCGACGAACCUGCGCCAACUCAUUCCGACCUUUCCGCCGGAGAAGAAACUGUCAAAGCACGACGUUCUGCGCUUCAGCGCCCGUUACAUUGUCUAUUUGCAACACCAACUGAACGAGAUGUUGGAAAAGCAGCAGAUUCAGGCGGGCGAGCAUCCAUCCGUGGCCAAGAAGAAUGCACUGGCAACGCGUGAACAUCAGGAUUGGCAGUUCGCCAGCAUGUACAACCACCUACCGCUAAACAGUGUGAACGCCGCUACCAUGAUGACUGCAACCACCGCCUACGGACGCGCCGCCAGCUCCCUGCUACGCGAGACGCGCAGCACGUUCACUCGCACCUACGCCGCGCCGAGCAGCGGCGCCACGCCAUCGUCGUCACCUUCAUCGCCGCCUCCCGCACAGCCGCCGUUCGCGCCUGGCACUGCACAGCAGCACGUCCAGGCGAGGAGCAAUCGGACCACCCCGCCGCACACGAGCAUGGCGGGGGGAUUUCCCGGACCGCAGGGGAUCGCCACCAUACCGACCCCCGUUCUGCUGUCCGCUGGCGGCAAUGCUGGCAGCAACGGAUCAGUAGCUGGCACAUCUGGGAAAGCGGCAGCUGGAAACAGCGACGCAGAGCCUCACACUGGUGCUGGUGCAGUCGAGUCUCAAGGCUUCGCCCCGGCUGCCAUGGAAACAAGCUGGGCGCCUGGCAAACCGCCCGGUGUUCUCCCGAUCGGCAGCGUCGGCGGUGGCAGUGCAGCGGAGUUUGCGGCGCUCGGAGGCGGCCAUCAUGCACACCACCACCAUGCGGCGGCAGUGGCGCACAGGGGAUUUCCCGGCUCUUCCCCGGUGUUCAGCCAGGCCAUGGUGCCCGCUGGACUGCACUGGUCCUGAGCGGCAACUGAGCAGCACUAUGACUGCAUCUAUCCAUUGAACUGUGCAACACUGUGACUACAUCUAUCCAUAAAACUGAGCAACAGUAGUACAUGCUCAGACACACUUUAUUUCACCACUCUCUAUUUGAUUUCUACAAUCCUAUUUAAUUUAAAAAUGGCAUUCAAUGAUGAGAACCGCAAACAUAUGUCCCCACAAAUUUCCCCUGGUGAAAUGCUUGAGACUUGGAAUUGAAUUUCUCAAUUUUCCUAAUGAAGUGGACUGACACGGCUGUAUCCGUGUCUCCACAUGCCAGUAUGAGAUAAGACUUAGUGUAUUUCGAUUGCAGAGAGUGUGUAUCUUUGAUGGCGACGAGUCGCCUCUCAAGCUGA